AGUUAUAUGGGCCGGAUCAGUGUUAAGGCCCAUACGUUCAACAUAACUGGAGUGAGGUUAACAUUGUUCUGAUAUAUUUUAAAUCGGCGAAGCGUAGAUAAGUCGACGACGACGACUCUUCUCUCUCGCUGUCUCACAUAUACAAUCUUAGUCGUCUCCGGCAGAGGAACUUCGGUGAAGUAUAGAGCCAGAUCGAUCCGUUCCAGAGUCUAUUUCGCUUCGCCUGCGAUGGAGAAGUCUGUGGAUCUAGUGCCGGCUUUGGUAACUUUCCUAGCCGCAGCUCACGUCAUCGCCUUGGUUUACUGGAUUUACAGAUUGGCCUCUGAUCGUCAGCCUCCCAAACAAAAACCUCAGUGAGGAAACGUCGUGACAUGGAUUUGGGCUUAAUGUUUUGUUCUGAUCUGAUAUUUGCGUUAUAGAUGUUUUUUGAUGAAUUUGUGAUUGAAUAUUUAGAUGCUUAUGCUCGAAUUAAUGCUAAUAAGGGAUGUUUCCUUUGUU